GUCAAAUUUCUUUAGUUUCUGAUCUGCCUUUGCUUUAAAGUGAUUUUGUAAUGUUUUACUUUAAUCACAUGAUUCCAGUAUAACGUUUCUUAUCAAGGCUUGUUCCAGUGAAUGUUUAUCAUCUGUGGAAUAAUCAGAGUGAUAUACUUUCUGACCAAAGGGAGCAGCACAUUUGAGGAAGAUCAUGACGAGAAGACUUCUGCUGGUAUCUAACUCUACACUUCAUGGAGGAGGAUAUCUUCAGCACUGUCAGCAGAACAUCCAAGACUUUUUUGGAAAGGAUGUAAAGAGGAUCCUGUUUGUCCCGUAUGCACUGCAUGAUCGAGAUGCAUAUACCAAGACUGCCCGAGACAAGUUCAAGACAUUGGGCUAUGAAGUGGACAGUGUCCAUGAGACACCAGACCCUGUGGAUGCUGUUAGGAAAGCUGAAGGAAUAUUCAUUGGUGGCGGUAACACAUUCCGCCUGCUGAAAGCUCUCUAUGACAACAAGCUGGUAACUGAGAUUAGGAAGAGAGUUUUACAGGAUGGAAUACCUUACAUGGGAUCAAGUGCAGGCACCAACGUCUCCACCAUCAGCAUCAACACCACCAAUGACAUGCCCAUCGUCUAUCCACCCACUUUUGCUGCCAUUGGUUUAGUGCCCUUCAAUAUUAACCCUCACUAUCUGGAUCCUGAUCCCAACAGCAGACAUAUGGGGGAAACACGUGAACAGAGAAUCAUCCAGUACCACGAGGAGUCGGACACACCAUGUGUGCUGGGUCUUCGGGAAGGCUCAAUGCUCUUAGUGGAGGGAAACAAAGCCACCUUACUUGGGUCCACCAAAGCACGACUAUUCCAGAGAGGGAAGCAAACCACGGAGUAUGAACCGGGAAGUGAUCUCAGCUUCUUACUGACAGAUGUACAAUGAGUUGCGACAUCAAGUACAAUGCAACAUUUUUUUACAAUAAAUACUAAAAUCCAGAGUCAA